AUGUCUCGACACGAGCAGUGGAGCUUCCACCUCAAUGCGCUCCACAUCGUCAUCUGCCGUGGCAACAUUGUCGCGUGGCAGCCUGUGGCGGACAAGCAGGACCUUGCCAUCGUCAAUGCUGCAAACGAGGGGCUGCUGGGUGCUGUCGGCGACGAUGAGGACUAUGGUGAUGACUUUGGUGGCGGCGGUGUCGACGCCGCCCUGCAUCGCGUGGCGGGGCCGCGGCUCAGGUGCCUCUGCGCCGAUCUGCCUGAGAUCAGCCCGGGAGUGCGCUGUCCAACGGGCCAGGCAAGAAUUACGGCUGGCGCGGAUCUGCACGUGGGACACGUGAUUCAUGCAGUGGCGCCGGUCUUUCCAGCAUAUGCACCUGAGGAAGCAGAAAGACUCCUGGAACAGACCUUUCUGUCGGCACUGAUGCUGGCCAAGGAAAGCUCUCUUCGUGCUGUGGCCAUCCCUGCACUUGGCUGCGGGCUCUUCGGCUGCCCAGUGGAAGCUGGUGCCCGUGCGGCCAUGGAAGCUUGUAGACAUUUCGCAGAGUUGAAGCCAAAUCUGGAGGUUCACUUUGUGCUUUACAAGGCUUCGGAGCUGAAAGCUUGGCUCAAGGCUGCAGAGAUAGUGGCCAAACCGGCCUUACCGGCUUCAGCAUCUGGUGACGCAGUUCGUGAGAUGCCGCCCAUCACGACACCCAUUGGCGAUUGA